AGAGAGAACAUGUAGCAACUCGUGGAAGAAGAAAAAAAACUAAAGAGUCUUGUCUAUCUGAAAUUUCGACGCUCCAGUUCUUUCAAUUCUACUUCACCAAAUUCCAAGAAAUCCUAAACCCAGUUUUGAAAUCCUUGUCUUUCCAAUACCCAGAUCUCAGUUUUUUCAAUUUGAUUAAAUUUGACUCAUUUAGUUCAUUUCCCCUGUUGCUUGUUCAACCAGGGUAUCCCUCUUGUAGCUUAUAAACUGAGCUUUUCAUCCAUCUUUAUUUGUGGUUUCACACCUCUCCUCGAUUCCUCUUUUCGUCCAUCUUAAAUUAUCUCUGCCUUGCAAUAUUUUCUAGCCGAACGCUAAAUUUUGAGACCAAACUCCAAAAUUUUCCCUGUUUUUCAAUCCAGGAUUCUUUAAUUUUUGAGAAAGAAUCGAGUCAUGGGAAUCCAAAAAGACAUAGUCAAAUUCAACGUAGGAGGCAGAAUCUUUCAAACGACGGCUACAACACUCGCAAACGCAGGCAGGGAUUCCUUUUUCGGUGCAUUAUUUGAUGACAAUUGGUACUUACGACAACAACAACAACCGAACAGCCGCCAAGAAUUCUUUAUCGAUCGAAACGCCGACUGUUUCGCUGUCCUCCUCGACCUACUCCGAACAGGCGAUCUCUGCAUACCCCCCAAUGUCUCCGAAAGGCUUCUUUACCGAGAAGCCAUGUUUUACGGCUUAACUGACCGUGUCCGUUCCGCCAAAUGGGGUCCAUUUGAUGGUAACAAGUUAAAGCUAUCAAAGUCAGUAACCGGGCAAGCCCCGGGAGAUGGAACUGCCGUCCGAGCCGGUCCGGACGGCGGCUGCUGCGUAGCUCAUGGUAGCAUGGUUCAUGUUUUUGACUGGAUGUUAGAAGAACACCCGCCAAUCAAUCUGGAUUACCAAAGAGUCAACGACAUAGGCUGGGUCAACGCUGAGAAUGUAUUGAUAAGUGCUUGCGAAAGGCUGGGGAAAGGAGAUGGUGGGAUGGGGUUGUUCAGUUCAUCAACUGGAGAUUUGAGACACAGGUUUAACGUUGUUCAUGAUAAUCAAAUCAAGAGUUUCACUGCUGGGGCUUUGAGUUUCAGUCCAGAUUAUAAGAUUUUUGCAGGCUGUAAAGGGAGAAGCAAUGAGUAUGGGAUUGGAGUUUGGGACCAAGUUACUGGUAAACAAAUGGAUUUCUUUUAUGAGAGCCAUGGCUGGUCUCUUGGUGAUGCUGAUAAACUUCAAUGGUUGAAUGGUAGUAACUGCUUAUUGGUUGCCACAUUGUUUCCCAGAAAAGAUAACUGUUACAUCAGUUUACUUGAUUUUAGAGAAAAGAGAAUGGUUUGGUCUUGGUCCGAUAUCGGCGCUCCGUUGACCAUUGAUGAGAAGAGAGUUAGAGAUGCCAUUGCAAUGGAGAAAUGCAAUUCUAUUUGUGUAGUGAAUGAGUAUGAUGAUCUGGGGUUCAUAGAUUUAAGGAGCAAUGGAGGAAGUGUGAGAUGGAGUUCCAGAAGUAGGUUGCUCAAGGGGAAGAUGCCUGAUGAGCCUUGUUACCCCAAAUUGGCAUUGCAUAAUGGGCAGUUGUUUUCAUCUAUGAACGAUUGCAUCUCAGUGUUUUGUGGUCCUGAUUGGGUGCUAACAUCUAGGCUUCGAAGAAGUUACGGCGGCUCUAUCUGCGAUUUCUCGAUCAGGGGUGAUCGUCUCUUUGCACUUCAUAGUGAGGAAAAUGUGUUUGAUGUAUGGGAAACUCCACCUCCGCCGGUCAUAUGAUUCAACUCCUGGUUUGAUCAAUGUAGCAGUCUUUUUUAUUCUUUCUUUUUCUAGUAACAUAUAGGAUGAACUUACAGUUAAAACCAAAAUCAUAGGUUAGCAAAGAUUACAAGCCUUAAAAGGGUGAUAUUUAGAUUCUUGCGUUGUACAGAGUUUACUUGCUGUUUCAAAUAAGUGAAAACUGAUUGCUAAACA